AUGCUGGAUGAGCCCAUACCUUCGGUGACGAGGCUCAAUUUUCUAUUCGAGAAGAUCUUCAGCAGGGCGCUCCAGGUGCUCGAGAAGGGCCACGUGAAGUGUUACAUUGCGGAGAGAAGCCAGCGCAAGGUAUUUCAGGUGCGAGGCAGCAGGCCGAGUGACCACUACAUAGUGUUUCCUCGCCACUACUGUUCCUGCCAAGCCUUCCUGUACGUGGUGGUUGGCCACGACAACCCUCUGUGCAAGCACCAGCUGGCAGCGAGGCUGGCCCAGGCCCUGCACAGGAGCCACAACAUCACCGUCUCAGACGAGGACAUGCAUGACACCGCAGUCUUCGGGCGAGCACACGCUCUGACAGGGAUGGAGAAGGCGCAGAGUUUGAUGCCCCACCCCACCAUGCACAUGCCCAGCAAAACAACCGUGUUGCUAUGCGUCGUGGUGCUGCACGUCGUGGCUCUCUCAUACCUCAUGCGAGCAGCACAGAAGGCACAAAAAGCAAGGGAGGCGCCCAGGAAAGUCAACUGCGUGUAUGAGUGGGCGUCUCUUGCUAUUCCCAGGCAGAACAUACGGAUACCCUUGGGCAUCACCAAGGCAUGA